AUGCGCAUCUUUGUCACUGGGGCUACUGGUUUCAUCGGCCAAGCUGUUGUACAAGAACUUCUUAAUGCCGGCCACGCGGUCGUCGGUCUGGCGCGCUCCGAUGCGUCGGCAGCUGCUUUGCAAGCCAAGGGAGUCGAUGUGAUACGCGGCUCCAUCGAGGACAUCGAUGUCCUGCAGCAAGGAGCGGCUGAGUCGGAUGGUAUCAUCAACCUUGCUUUCAAUCACGACUUCACUCAAUUUGCGGAGAGCGUCAAGGUUGAACAUGCAGCUAUCAUGGCAAUGGGCGAUGUGCUGGCGGGAUCCAAUCGCCCUUUGGUGCUGGCAUCUGGCACAUUGAUGCUCCCCAAGGGUGAGCUGGCCACAGAGGACUCGAUCGCCGACCUCACUUCCCCAAUGAAUGUCCGUGCCUCCACCGAGCAGGAGGUAGCCACCCUUGCGUCCCGAGGUGUGCGCGCAUCUGCUAUUCGCCUCUCGCCUACAGUUCACGAUGACAAUGAUCACGGCUUCAUCCAUUGGAUAACUAAGAUUGCACGUACAAAGGGCGCAUCGAUCUAUAUUGGCGAGGGGCUCAACCGAUGGCCUGCUGUUCAUCGCAGUGAUGCCGCGCGUCUCUUCCGCCUGGCCUUGGAAAAGGGCACUGCAGGCGCGAAGUACCACGCUGUUGCUGAGGAGGGGGUCGCGAUGAAGGACAUUGCAGAAGCCAUCGGUAGAGCUGCUAGCAUACCGACCGUGUCAAAGACGUUUGAGGAGGCCUCGGAGCAUUUCAGUGGUGGUUUCAUAGUUUUCCCUGUCAGCGCCGACAACCCAUCGUCCAGCAAGAAGACGCAGAAGGAGCUCGGAUGGGCUCCUACUGGGCCGACGUUGCUCAAUGAUAUUGAAGCUGGGCUUUAUACUCAGGAUGAUGGAAACCCCGCUAUCGUUGCUUUUUGA